UAAUAUGACUGAAAACUCAUGCUUGUAUUUUUUCGUUUUUUCCUUAUAAAGCUUGGAAAGAUUCUAUUGACGAUCAACCAUGGCAUCCAAUUCAUCGUGCGUUACCUCCGAACCGACAUCGCAGCAGUUAUUCGAUUAUUAUAGUUCGAACUCUGCGGCUAUCGUGUUAAUUGUCUUCAUGUCCCUGUUCAGUGUUGCUACCGUCAUCAUGUAUCUCGAGGCUUGUCACUAUAUCAACAAGAAAGUCAACGAUAGUCGAACCCGUAUUAGACUCACGGUUAUUAUGGGGAUCUAUCCGGUUUACUCAUGUACAUCAUUGCUCGCACUCUACGUUCCGAGAGCACAUCUGAUUACUUACCUUACCGCUACACUGUAUUUCUCGCUGGCCCUCUUUCAGUUCCUGAUGCUGAUCAUGAGUUAUUUUGGUGGGCGGGAUCAACUGCUCGUCAAGCUGAAAGGCACAACGAUCCCCAUCGCUAGCCCACCUCUGCUCUGCUGUUGUCCUUGUCUUCCACGGCCCGAAAUGAAUGCCAAGAACCUGCUCCGACUUCGUCGUAUCGUUCUCCAGUUCGUCUUCAUUCGACCCAUCUGCAACUUCAUUGCUCUAAUUCUAUGGGCUGACGGGAGCUAUGUUCCAGGACUUUUCACGAUUGACAGCGCGUACGUGUGGCUCACCGUGAUCGCUCUCUGUUCCACCUUCAUCGCCCUCUACGGCGUCAUCAUCCUCAUGCGAAUCUCCAAGGCCCCCCUAGAGGGCUACAACGUCCAGUCCAAGUUCUUCCUCGUCCAGCUCGUCCUCGUUCUCAUCACCUCUCAGCUGGUUAUCGUCGGCUGCUUCGUGCUUACUGGCUUGGUCCCCUGUGAAUACCCGAUGGCGGCGUUGACAAGGGGGUACUAUUACUGCGAUCUGCUGACAGUCGCAGAGAUGCUUAUCUUCAUCAUUUUCGCCCGCUUCUUCUUCCGCAAGCGAAUCGGCCGAACGCCCUCCGGCAAGGACCAUCCCGACCACCACUUCAACAGCAGCAAGCGCGACUCCGAGUCUGCUCUCAACGACAUCAAACACCGCUACCGACAUUUCGACCACCCGACCUCCGAAACAAGCACGAAGAUGAACGGCAACGGUGUCAGCUACAACAACAAUAACAGCGGGUCUUACGACAACGAAGGGGCGGACGCAGUCGAAGUCCACGUGGAGGGCGGGCUCACAUUGAAGUCGUUUAAGGUGCACGAGGAGGAUGAGAGACGCCAAGAAGAAACAGAAAAAGACGAUGCCGUGCACGGUGACGGACGUUGAAGUCAGUGUCCAAGAAAAUGUGUAGCUCUGUAUUGCUACUUGACUGGACUUUUAUAUAGAUUGAAAGAAAUGCCCGUUU